GCCGCUCGCUUCGUUACACCUAUGUAGUCGACAUUAAGGCAAACAGCCAUGCAAACGAAACCUCGACCACACUUUAAUUGGUGCCAACCCGGCUGAUGUUACCGUUACCUCGGGACGCGUUUUCUGAUCCAACUUCGCUCACAUUUGACUUUGUCCUCUAUCUAGAAACCUGGCGGGCUGGAGAUCAGAGUUCGAUCCGACAUCCUGGUUGACGUUGCCAGGGACACUGAGCGGAGAUUACGCUCGAAACCAGGUGGGUCAAUCGGAUCCGACACGUGGAAAAUUAGAGUUAACCAUACGGACCCAGUGACCUUCAUCGUUCACCAUGGAUCCGGUCAACCCGUCACACCAAACCUUUGACCUCUUUGUCCAAGCCCAGAGUGUUAAGGAUGUGAAGCAGCACUUUGCUGCGCUCUGCCGACAACUGGACAUCAAUCCCAAGGAUUUCAGGAGCUUCUACAUCAAAUUAAAGCAAAGACUGAACUACUGGAAGGCCAAAGCGCUGUGGACUAAGCUCGACAAAAGGGCAUCUCACCCGGAUUACAAUCAAGGAAAAGCCUGCACCAAAAACAAGUGUCUUGUGUUGGGUGCUGGGCCAUGUGGGUUGAGAACGGCCAUCGAACUGGCCCUGCUGGGGGCUCAGGUGGUGCUGUUGGAGAAGAGAGAGAGCUUCUCCAGAAACAAUGUCCUCCACCUGUGGCCCUUCACCAUUUACGACCUCCGCGGGCUCGGAGCCAAGAAGUUCUACGGCCGAUUCUGCACCGGGGCGCUGGAUCACAUCAGCAUCCGUCAGCUGCAGUUGGUUCUUUUGAAGGUGUCACUUCUCCUCGGGGUGGAGGUGCACACUGGAGUGGAGUUCCAGGGCUUGAUUGAGCCCUCGGGAGAAAACGGUUGGAUGGCCAAGCUACAGCCAGGGUCUCAUCCUGCUGCAUCCUUCCAGUUUGACGUAUUCAUCUCUGCUGGAGGAGGCCGGUUUGUCCCUGACGGUUUCAAGCACAAGGAGCUGAGGGGCAAGCUGGCCAUUGGCAUCACGACCAACUUCAUCAACAGGCACACGGCCGCAGAGGCCCACGUAGCAGAGAUCAGCGGCGUGGCCCGCAUCUACAACCAGAAGUUCUUCCUAGAGCUGCUCACUGAGACGGGUAUUGAUUUGGAGAAUAUUGUCUACUACAAAGACGACACCCACUACUUUGUCAUGACUGCCAAGAAGAAGAGCCUGCUGAAGAAGGGGGUCAUUAAACAGGACUACAGCAACGCAGAGGAGCUGCUCGCCCCUGCAAACGUGGACCGCGAGGCUUUGCACCGCUACGCACACGAUGCUGCCCACUUCUCCACAGGUGGCAAGCUGCCCGACCUGCAGUUUGCUAAGAACCACGCCGGCCAGCCAGACGUGGCCAUGUUCGACUUCACCUGCAUGCACCGUGCGGAGAAUGCCUCUCUGGUCAGGGAGAAGAGGGGGAAGAAAUUGUUGAUGGGUCUUGUCGGAGAUUGCCUGGUGGAGCCUUUCUGGCCCCUGGGCACCGGUAUCGCCCGUGGGUUUCUAGCUUCUUUUGACACGGCGUGGAUGGUGAGGAGCUGGGGAAUGGGGGUCCCACAUCUCAAGGUCCUGGCUGAGCGAGAAAGUAUCUACCAGGUCCUGUCUCAGACCACGCCUGAAAACACCAGCAAAAACUAUGCUGGUUACAGCAUUAACCCCAAAACGCGGUACACAAGAGCCAACCUGUCAUCCAUUCAGGCCAACCAGGUACAGCACCUCUAUGAGGUUACUCAAUCCAAUCCAUCGAUGAAGAUACAGAAGAGCGAGUUGGUUUCAGUGCGUAAGGAUUCAGUCAACAGUUUUACAGAGUUGUUGCGAUGGUGUAGGAAACACACUGCGGGCUAUGACAACGUCAAUGUGAAGGAUUUUACACAGUCUUGGAGGUCCGGGCUGGCUCUGUGUGCUCUCAUCCACCACUUCAGGCCGGAGCUCAUUGACAUGUCCACUUUGGAUGAUUCCAGUGCUGUUCACAACCACCAACUGGCCUUCAGCGUUUUAGAGAAGGAGCUGGGCGUCCCGCCUGUCAUGUCUGCCACUGAUUUCACUGAAAGUGGUCAGAUAGACAAGUUGUCCAUGGUCCUGUACCUCACCCAGGUCCAAAAGGCCUUCAAUGGGCCAGCAAAAGCUACAGAGCUAGCUGCCUUCCUGCCGUCGACCAAGCCUCUGAGUUUCUCCCAGACCCAGUCAGCUGUUCUUUUCCUGAACAAGCUGAAGCUCAACUCUCUGCAAAGGCGCAAGGAACAGCUGGCAACUGUGAAGAGAAAAAGGAUGGGCGAUGAGGACAUUUUGGAGGGGCUUCCCGGUUCCCCCGAGCCCAGUCCUACACCGGAUCCGGCUCUAGAUCUGGAACCUGCACCUGAACCUGGUGCGUUGAUGACAAACAGCGAUGAGUGUUACUUCUGUGGUCAGAGGGUCUACGUGCUGGAGCGCAUCAGUGCUGAGGGCAAGUUCUUCCACCGGAGCUGCUUCACCUGCCAUCGGUGCAGCGUCACUCUCAGACUGGGAGGGUACACCUUUGAGCAGACUACAGGGAGAUUCUACUGUGAGUUGCACUCUGAAGAACUGGAGCUGGUAGACAGCGCUGAAGCGUCGUCUAAGAAUUCCGAUGGAACCAACGAGGAGAACAUGCUUUCCAGUGAUGAUUACACGCCGUCUCCAUCAGACAAAGAGUCUGAGCAUACUCUGGACUUUUGUCCCUCUGCUCACUCGCAGUCACAUACGCCUGAAGACAAGGACCCCCAUCUUCUUGAAUCCAAAGAGGAGCCCGAACAACCACGUAGGUCCAAAUCUCCUACUCAUCCCCCACCUGAAACUGAGGUUUGUCCCGUGCCAAAGCCCCGCCGCUCUCAGCAGGCGACACCCAGUCUUCAGCCCUCUCCUCCGAUUGCGAAACCUCGCACAGUCCAACUUUUUAACCCCUCAGCGACCGACGCGCUCACAUCUCCAACGCUCGAUAAGGCGCCAGACUCCCGUCCAAAGCAAUCUCUCCGAAAGCUUCAGCUGACGGAUCAGGAGAAGAGCGUCCUUGUGAACCUUCAGAGCCUCAGCGUGGACUCUGACUCUGAGACCCCCGGCGGAUCCUCCUCCUGCUCCUCUUCUUCAGCGACGGCGGGAGGUCGGAGCCCUCCUAAGCCAGAGGGCACCAAUGGGCAGGAGGAGGACGGCUACUGGAGCGGGACCACCACAAACCACAUGCGGGACCAGAGGAACCGGCGCUGCUUCAGGAGAAAAGAGACGCCGAGCGGGCAGGCCCGCGUGCGCUCCAAGUUCUCCCCCUGGAAUCUGUCGUCCCCGAGAAUCAGCAGAGACACCCGGCUCAGUGUCCUCGUUGAUCCUCCAGCGGAAACAACACUCAGACAUGCUCACAGCGCCUCCGAAGAGGGCGGGGACGAGGAGGAGGAGGAGGAGGAGGAUGAUGAUGAUGAUGAGAUGUUUGAGCAAGAUGUUGACUUGUUUGAUGAGAAAUUUCAGACGGUGCCGUCAGACCCGGUUGAGGCUGAGAAAAUGGAGUUGAUGAAGAUGAGGACACUAGAGCGGCGAGCCAAGACGUGCGAAUUACAGCGAUUGCGCAACGCCCAGUCCAUCCAGCGGAGACUGGAGGAGAUCGAGGUGACCUUCAAGGACUUGGAGGAUAAGGGAGUCGUGCUGGAGAGAACGCUGCGAGGAGAAGCUGGCAGCGCCGGUUCUCCAGAAAUGAUCGAGAACUGGAUCCAACUGGUCCACGAGAAGAACGCGUUGGUGUCUGAGGAGUCUGACCUCAUGGUGGCGUCUCGGCAGCUGGAGCUGGAGGACAAGCAGAGCAUGUUGGAGUUGGAGCUCAGGAAAUUCAUGGAGCUGAAUGACAAGACACCAGAGCAACAGGUGGAAGAAGAGCGGGUCCUUCAACAGAUGAUCGACGUGGUGGACAUGAGGGACUCCUUGGUGUUGUUCCUGGACGAGAAGAGGCUGACGGAGAUGAGCGAGGAGCAAGAGGCCUUCUCCAUCAUGGAGGCCAAGCGGCACUCGAAAGCGGGAGCUCAGGUCCAAUGGUCGUAAGGCUUCCACGCACACGUGCAUACUCUGCUGUGUGUGUGCGCGCUUUCUGUGUGGAAAAGCCCCCCAAUGUGAGACUUGACUCCUGCAAAGCCAAAGAUGAUACAGAAUGGUCGGGGAGGGAUGAGCGGUCCCUCUUUAUACAAUUUAGGAGAAGUAACUGAGGCUUGUGGAGACCUGAACCUGGGAAUCUUUGUUGCCAAUAACUGCUGGGCUCAGCCCUGCAGCAGACCACGUAUUGAAUAGGAUGUUGGUUUUUUUUAGAAAUAUUUUGGUGAGUUAAUGCUACUGUACACAAAGUUCUAUGUUUAAUAUUUGUAGAAAAAAAAAACAGGUAGAUAAGAUAUAACAGUUAAAUUUGUUCCAAUUUCUUUUUUUUAUUCAUUUUUCUUUUUUGAUUUUUUAUAUCUCACUCUACCGUUAGCCUUGUCCUUUUACAGAGAGAGACUUACUGGACUGGUUAAUCUAUUUAUAAAUGCUAUCUUUUAUCUUUUGCAGGUGUUCCUAUUUAUGUGCAGGCAGAAUAGCCAAAAAUCAAAUGAAUGAACAGUUUGUUUGUUUUCGUGAGAAGGCGCCUUAUGCAUUCAUCGUUCUGCUGCAACUUGGUGCCGCCUGGACGGCACAUCACGAUAUAUCAAAUAAAGAUCUUGCACUUUGA